AAAAAAAAACGACUGACAACACGUCGGCGGCAUCCCGGACCCCCGAUCCGGCCGCCGCGUCCCGGAGCAGUGCUGCUGAAUCGGUCAAGUCCGGCCACCCCGCGUCGGGCGGCGUCCCACACUCCCACCUAAUCCCGGAUCAACGCGCGCGCGGGAGGCGCCAUGCGGCAGACCUUCUGCUUCGGGGGCAGCCGCGUGGCGAGGAGGAUGUCGGAGCGGGCGCCCAUGGCCGACGGGUGCGUGUUCUGCGACAUCGCCCGCCGCGCCCCCAGCUCCACCACCGCCCUUCUCUACUCCGAUGACAGGGUCGUCGCGUUCCGGGACAUUAACCCGUCGGCGUUCAGGCACUUUCUUGUCAUACCCAUUGAUCAUAUACCAACUGUAAAUAGCCUCCGCAGGACCAAAGAUGAUCACCAGUUAGUCAGCCACAUGGUGAGGGUGGGGAAAGACUUGCUCAAUCAAGAUGCUCCCAAUUCUGAGGAACACAGGUUUGGGUUUCACCAGCCACCAUUUAAUAGUGUUGAUCACCUUCAUCUUCAUUGCCUGGCACUGCCAUUUAUGCCCAGUUGGAGGCAAGUAAAAUAUACCCCUCUGGGACCCUUAGGGGGUUUUAUUGAAGCUGAAAAGCUACUGGAAAGAAUAAAACCAGAAGCAGAAGUAUACAGUUAGCAUCCAUACUUUAACUCCUGCUUAUUUUGACUACUUUGUACUCUUCUUUCUUUUUCAUACACUAUAGUACAUGUUGUGCUUAUUUACACUAUUUCCUUUGUUUCUAAUCCAGUAUUCUCAUUUGUAUGUGUUCUUCUGGAAACUCGAAAUACUAGAUCUGGUAUUGUAGAACUGAAUGAGCCUAACCACUCUAGAGGUUGAACCGAGCUUUCAUUA